AUGCGCAACCUAAAAAAUAUCCGUUUCGCGGAGAUUCCACUUCCCAAGGGGCUGCCGCUAACUGCAACGGCAUGGGACCCAGCAACGGAUUCUGUCCUUUGCGCUUUUGGUCCAACUGAAACCAGCGCAAUCAUUGAGCUGAGACGAAAAGAGGAGGAUGCAGACAUCAGUCCCAACCAGGAACUCCCACUUGUUGCCUCUUGGGAUGCGCCAUGUCCGCUCCCGGAGUUAAAAUGCGAUCGUAUAUUGUCAAUGCAAUUCUUUCCAGACACUCUGGUUACAUGCUUGGUUCUCGAGGGAGGAGAUAUCAUCAUUGUGCGAGAGGCCCCGCAACCCGGAGAAGACAAAAUUGAAAUCGUUGGCUCCGUGGAUGUUGGUAUCACUGCCGCGGCGUGGGCGCCUGAUGAGGAGCUCCUGGCGAUUACCACUAGGUCCAAUACCUUGCUUUAUAUGACUCGCGACUUUGACAGCAUUGCAAGCAUUGCCUUUUCCGGCGAUGACCUGAAGAUCUCGAAACAUGUCUCUGUUGGAUGGGGCAAAAAGGAAACCCAGUUCCAAGGCAAAAGAGCCAAAGCGCUCCGCGACCCGACAAUGCCAGAAAAGGUAGACGAGGGGGUUCUGAGUGAUUUAGAUGAUGGAAAGACUUGUAUUAGUUGGAGAGGAGACGGUGCUUUUGUCGCUGUGAACAGCAUUGAACCCGGAUCCCGGCGUGUGAUUCGGGUGUAUUCCCGGGAGGGCGUCCUAGACAGUGUCAGUGAGCCUGUGGAUGGGCUGGAAGGUGCUUUAAGCUGGCGUCCUUCUGGAAAUUUAGUUGCCGGCAUACAGCGGCUUGAGGAUCGCAUCGAUGUGGCCUUUUUUGAACGCAAUGGUCUUCGGCACGGCCAAUUCACGCUUCGCUUGGAAAAGGAAGAUAGAGACACCUGGGCAUCGUCGAUCGACCUGGCUUGGAAUCUAGAUUCGACCGUGCUGGCCGUUCUAUUCAGAGAUAGGAUCCAACUCUGGACGAUGGGCAAUUAUCAUUACUACCUGAAGCAGGAAGUUCCUCUCAGUUUUGAGACUAACCAAACUGAACUCUUGCGCACGUUCCGUUGGCAUCAUGAAAAGCCAAUCCGAUUUGCAGCAAGUUCUUCGAGCUCUCUCAUGGAUUUGGACUGGGUCUUCGACGUUUCGAGAGGCUCCUGUAUACUGCCGAAUGAUUUUGGCGCCAUUGGCGUGAUUGACGGGAGCAUUGCCGUUUAUUCAUGGCAACUCAAAACCGUCCCACCACCAGACCCGGAGCUCGAUUCAUUCUUCGCUUUUCCCCAGACAGUAAAGCGACCGAGAAACAUCGCGAUCCAAGGUGAAACGGACGUGUACGUUCUAAUGGAGACUGAUAUGUCAUUUGCAGAAGUGCAAAAAAUCAACCUCGACACGAAAAACACAACAGCUGUUCUGGCGUCUACUGAGUCGGAUCGACUCUCAUUUAUCUUCUCUAACUUGGAACAAGAUGCACUAUGGGUUGCUCGAGCAAGCCCAAAUCAGAAACAUCUCUUAUAUUCCUAUAUGCUAACUGGUGAAGACAAUAAUGCCCCUUGCAUUAAUUGGCUCGAAAGCCCGGUUCAGGAAACAAGCUGGGCCAGUGCGACUGCAUCUGCAGAAAAAGGGAAUUGCACAUCGUUUUUAAUUACUUCAGCCCAUCUUAUCUUCACUACCACCCAGCAUCUGCUGAAGUUUGUUCAUAUAACAAACGUUGAUGGCCUUGAAAUACCUGGUGAUACUCCUGAAGUUGACGAGCGCUGCAGAAGUAUUGAGCGAGGUGCGAGGUUAGUGGCAGCGAUGUCUUCAAUCUUCGCUCUCACCCUGCAAAUGCCUCGUGGGAAUAUCGAAACUAUUUACCCUCGCGCAUUGGUGCUCGCAGGCAUACGUAAAUACAUUGAGAGCAAAAAGUAUCGAUCCGCAUACCUGGCAUGCAGGAGCCAUAUGGUAGACAUGAAUAUUUUACAUGACUACAUGCCAGAGCAAUUUAUGGCUAGCAUACAACUAUUCAUUGACCAAGUAAAACGGAUUGAUUUUAUUGAUGAAUUCUUAUCCCGCUUGAAGUAUACUGCAUGGCCCUCCCCAAUACUCAGCUCACUUACACUGACUGCCGCGAUUAGAAAUGAAGAUGUUUCCGAAACUCUAUACAAGGACACGCUUAAGAUCGCACAUACUGAGGCACGAGACCAUACUAUCGGUUCUGAGCAGACAACUGGCCUCCUACCCAUGCCCAACCCCAACAAAGAGAACAAAGUCAACAAGAUCUGUGAUGCCUUUCUAUCGGUACUUGCGAAUCGUGUUGAGACCAAUCUUCAAAAUCUUGUCACUGCUCAUGUUUGUAAAUCUCCUCCGGAUCUAGAUGCAGGUCUUCAGCUUGUCGCAAAAUUACGGGAUCAAAAUGCAGAACAGGCAGAAGAAGCAAUUGAGCAUAUGUGUUUUCUCACGGAUGCAGCUAGGCUAUUCAACAAUGCUUUGGGACUAUACGACCUAGAACUUACCUUGCUAGUGGCUCAACAAGCACAAAGAGAUCCAAGAGAAUAUCUCCCGUUUCUCCAAAAGUUACAAGGACUAACCGAGCUUCGUCGACGAUACGAAAUCGAUAACCACUUGGGCAGAUACCCAAAAGCCCUGAAAAGUUUGCAUGCCCUUCACGAGUACGAUGAGUUGAAACUUUACACGAUCAAACAUGCGUUAUACCGUGAAGCGUUGGAACUGUACAAAUACCAGCCCGAUCUUCUUCGCGAUAUGACCCAGCUAUAUGCCGACUAUUUGUAUGACCAGUCCAAACACAAGGAAGCAGCAAUAGGUGGGACUCCUUUUGUAUCGCUCAUUUUCCCGCAGCAAUUGCUAACAGCAUGGUUGAAGCAUAUGAAUCGCUUGCCUUGUACCAAUCAGCCUAUGAAGCAUACAAGAUCGCCAACAUGUGGCAAGAGUGCCUUUAUUGUGCAAGUCUUGUUCCACUGCCUGAAUCUCAAAUGA